AUGGAUGGCGAUAUAGCCUCAGCGGCUCGCAAGCUGCCGCAGACAGCCGCCAACUUCUUUGUGGGCACCAACUCCAGGGUUCCGCGCAUGACUUUGGCUCAAUCGACUCACGUCAUUCCUAUGCCUGCGGUCAAUCCCCCAACUAUCACGCAGCCAUCACAUGUGGUGAGGAAUAAGCUACGAGCAUCGCCUUUUCCCAAUUCGCCCACCUUCACCAAAGAGUUGAGCUCUCCUCGGACCGCUGCAAAGCCAGGCGGCAAGGUGGCCAAAGCGAUCGAUCUCUUCUCCCAUCUUGCCGAAGAAGUUCCGCGCCCAUCUUCUGAACGCCUGGGCUCUCCACCAGCAUCCUCCUUUUUCAUCGACACCAAUGCCAGCGCUGCGGCUUUCUUUAAGAAUCUCCAAAGCCCCUCAGGGAUAGAGCCGCCGUCCUCGCCAGGCUACUCUGUGUCGUCUGAAUCGAUCGUUCGCUUCUUGGACACACAUGCCAGUAUCAACAGACAGUCGCCUGACAUUGAGGCGCUUUCACAAUCCUCUUUGGCGCUCGAUCUCGCCGCAACACAGUCUCAUUCUGUAGCAGAAAUCUUGAACACACCCGCAUCAUCACAGCUUUCCUCGCCAGCAGAUCAGGAGUCAUCACCCGCAGCCACCAUCGUCUCGUCUGGAAAAGCCUCUUUCCGCGCUUCAUCCUCAUCGAGCCAUGUCGACCUUGCAGAUACUGGUGUACCCCUUCCGCUCGUCGCUAGCAACUUGCUGCAGGAUGAACCCCAAUGCAACUCGAACCCGAACCCUAUGACGUCUGAGUAUGCCUUCUCAGCAGCUACCUCACGCUUUGGUCAAAGUAACUCUUCGUCCUUACCGACCAAUGCCAACAUUGCAGCCACUGAUGUGCUAAUGCCGCAUAUCGCUAGCCCGGUGCCGGAUGACGGAAGUCAACGUGAUUCGAAAUCGUUUACUCUGGCGCCCAAGCAUGCUCUCUUUGCAUCAUCCACCGCACACUCGGCUCAAAUCAUUCCUUUCUCAGAUGUACCACAAACUCCUCCUCAGGCGCUCUUUCUGUCACACACAGGCUUGAUCCACAACCACGUGUCUGAAGGGCAAGCAGAAGGGGACGAUUCGGACGAUGCUUGUUUGGAGGUAGUCGAAUCGAUGUCAAUCCCAAUUCAGUCUGACACCAAAUUCGAUUCAUCUUCGCCCCACAAAGUAGCCAAGGAAACCGGCGUUCCCUAUUCGGCCUUCUCAGAUGCGGCUGUUCCAUCUGCCUCGAUCACCACAGAGGAAGAAGAUAGAGCUAGUGCCGAAUCUGGUGUGCGCCAGCAAGACAUCAGUGCGGCUCAGAAGCUCUCGCCAUUGACGGACGACAGAUCAACGGUAGAUCUUUCACCACAGUCUGCUCUGCCGUUCUCAGUCAAUGUUUUAUCGACGGCAACUGCACUUCGAACAGAUGACUUGUCGACAACAACCACUCUGCCAUUUCCAGCGGAAGCCUUUUCAGCGACAAGCGUCUUGCCAACCUCGCGCUCAGCUUCGCGUGCAUCGAGCAUAGAAAGCGAGCUGCCAAUCGCCGUCGUCACCCGGGAUAUGCUAACAUUGAAGCAUCAGGCAAGGCCGGUUUCUCCAGGAGAAAAUCAACCUCACUCAGGCCACGUCAAUAUGACUGAUCGACGCUCCGUCCUCGAUGAGAGCGGAUCUGAUGAGAAGGCCGACGUCAAGUGCUUUGACAAUCAGAGACUCACUCGCAAGCGAGAGUCUGGUGUCAACUGGGAAAAUCUCGGACCGUCGUUGCUUCCAGAUGAAGAGGAGUCGUCAUGCGCUUCUUUCGAGCGUGCUCAUCAUCAGGGCGCAGGGAGCCCUGAUGAUCGAGUAGAGAGCAGCCAUCUUGCGCAUCCCGGUAUCGUAAGCGCCGCAGCCGCGAGAGGACAUAGCAUCGGCGAUCAGCAACAUCAACGAAGCAGCUCGCCCCAUCCGCCUCGUGAUGAGACGCGAGACUCGUAUGCUGCCGUACUUUCCGUAUUGGAUAGCACGGUACUGUUCGAUCUGAUCGGCAUGGACAAUGUGCCUGCCUCUCCACAAGAAGAGCCAGAGCCACAAGAACCACGCCUUGAUAGAACCGCAACCUGGAUCAAGUCGACUAUGGGUGAACACGAUCCGAUCGCGGAGGAGCUAACGAGCCCGCGUUGUCAUCAUAUCAACGAGACGUUGCUUCUACGGGAAUCUGUUCUAUUUGCGAGUCAAGAAUUGGCUCAAUCUAAGCCUCUAAGGGACCUUGCAAACUCGAAGCCUUGUUUCGCGAAGCCCCAAGACGACGAGCUGACACCCUGCUCGCCACAAUACGAGCCAGUCCUGGUCGACAAGCACUGCGGCCAUGUCAUCACUGAAGCAGCAAACGCCAGCACAUGCAGUCCGAAGAGGGAAGUUCAAGCGGAAGUGACCCGUGACUACACAGCACUGCCAAGGAACUCAAGCCUGACGAGGUCUUAUUCGCAAAGAGAUCCGCCGAGUCAGCACGCGCCUAAGCAAGCAAAAAGGGUUCCAGGUCGUCUCAAGAUACUAGCAAAGUCGCCGGAGGCGUCAACAUAUCAUCAUCGAGACAGCUUGAAGCUGCUGUCCAUGAGCAGCGUCAAGGACUCGAGGGUAAAGGAGCAGUCUUCUCCGCCAAAGCAGAUAGCUAUUUGCCACCUGGAUCGCAUCGAAACAGGGCGUGUCAACGAUUUGACUGAAAUGCUGAACUCGUUGUACCACGGCCAAGACUCUCAAGCAACUCAGAGCACCCCUUUAAGCCGAGGGAAACAAUACGUGGGUCAAAUGGUCCAGGACUGGAAUGAUGCCAACUCAUCAGGCGAAGAUGAUGAGGUGGCUUCAGUGGCAACCUGCAAACGUAUGACACUCAAACGAAUGUCCGACUUUGCUGUACAAACUACAUCUCGACGAGAACAACGCACACUUCCUGGAAAGCUGCCACAACUCGAGGCUCAAUCUACGCAGAUUUCUCAGGCGACCAUCCGCCCGAUGAUGCGACUUCGUCCUCCUCGAGUAGCCGAUUCUGUCACCAAGAUUAUCCAGCCGUCUGUACGCCGCGAGAAGCGGCCUGAGGAGGCCUCGCCGCUGUCUCGUCGCUAUCAUGGCCAAUUCGCGCCUCACAUCAUGGACCCGACCGGGCAAGAGUCUGACGGCAGCCCCAAGAGACGACAACCCGCUGGUUUUGGCUCUGUCUUGAGCGUGCGGGACGAGAGUGAAGCACAUGACCAGCAAAAUUUUUCAUUCAAAGCAGCUCGUAUCGAUAAACCUCAAAUGGCUUUGUGUCCAGAAGGUAAUCUGCAUUCUCACGUUCUUACACAAAGAGAGCGGGUGGCGUCAAGUACAACCGGCAACUUACCAACCAGGCUUACGGCGUCAAAUAGUACAGAAAGCAUCCAAUUGAGACCGUUGAGGCUGCAAGCAUCGGCUUGUGCACUCAGCACACCGAUAGGGCCCGCGGUCAGCGUCACUGAUACAUCGCCCAAUACGACGGUUUCACAGCCCUGGACUCCAGAAGCGAGCAAUAUUUCGAAUUCUGUCUUCACGGAUGCGACUAGAAUGUCGGCUGCUUCGGAGCUGCCGCGCUCGAAAGCUGCUGUGAACCGUCCAGCGAGACUUUUUGGUGCUGAGUCAGCUCAAUACCGAGAGGCGAAACCGACAUCGUCUCUAGACUCGCUAGAUCCGACUUCGAACCACGGUUUGCAGUCGCAGAGCCGAUGCUGUGACCGCACAUUGGAUGGCGGGACUGGGCCUCGGCACUCAGGGUACCAUCCAAUGCCAGCGUCGCCACGGUCUUGCAGUGGUCAAACGCGAGCGUCUUCGAUUUGUCAUUCGGGGAGGCAAGGGCGGUUGCGCUAUGAAUCCGAGUACGCGUCGAGGUUGCCUAGAGACGACUCGAGCACUUGCAUGGCUGGUUUCGAAAUCAGCUUUGAGCUGACAGAGCCGAAAAUGGCGCCUCACGCUGAGCAAGCGACGCUGCUGGAAUUCGGUCUGCGUAUGCACAUCAAGCCAACGCUUAGUAGCGAUUCGUCUAGCUCAUUAUGGACGCUGAAGCGCUCAUCGCGAUCGUCGGUUGAGCGUCGACUGGAUGGAUCGGAGCGGAACACCUCAGCACCGCUGUCGAUGCAGUACGAAUACAGUCACUUGAGCAAGCAAGAUAUGUGUAAAGUGCAGGAGGAGGCUCAAGAAUAUCUUUCGCAUACGCUUGCGUCGCCCGAUCAGCGCAAGCGACGGCUUUACGCAGAUGGUGGUGCGCAUAACGCGUUUUUUUCGGCUCAUGACAACCAUGUUCCCAGCGCGUCCUGUUGUAGCGCAGAGAGAUCAAGCGCGCGUUUGCCGACAAGCUCGAGACAAGCGCUGCGAGAAUUCCGAUUGACGAGUUUGCGACAGCCUUGCGCCUCGCACUCUGUCGCUCCAUCGAGCAUCGUUUCGCACAGCUGUGCUUCGCGCAAGCUUCGACACUCAUUGAUCCCAAGACCACUGCCGUCUGCAGGUCUUUCUUCUCCGCUUCCUUACAUCAAGCGUGCACCGCCGAGAACUGCAUCCUCGUCCACUUUCCUUUCACAUUCUUAG